AUGGAUCCAGGCGUUUUGGAUGACAUCGAUGCGAUGGUGAAGGAUGAGGAGCGAGUGGUCACGGCAAAAUUCCUCUCACGCACCCUCUCCCUGCCUCUGCGCCAAGCGAAAAGUGUGUUACAGGGUUACUGGGAGCAGCACAAGGAGGAGGUGACAGCUGUCUGGGUGGUUUCGGGAUGGAUUGGUAACGGGGAUGGAGGGAAAGCAGCAUCAGAAGCAACGCCAGCAGCAGCAGCAGCAGCAGCAGCAGGAGGAGCAGCAGGAGGAGCGGCAGUCACAGCAGCAGGAGCAGGAACAGAGUCGGCAGGAGAGCAGCAGGCAGUCAAGGAGUUUCUCAUGCGGCUAGUGCCCUCUGCUCACCUCGCUGAAGCACAAGAGGCAAUGGGGGGAGCCUCGGCCCACAUCUACAGUGUGCAGCGGCUGUUACCACGUGAUCUGGCUGUUCUCUGUGCUGCGGAUGGGGCCAUGGGCAACGGUGCUAGGGAGAGCAGCCUAAGUGUCGUCCAGCCACCACCCAUCUGCCUGGAAACGCUUUCCAAGCGGCCCCACCCAUCCGCACACAUCACAGCUGCCUCCCCCAUGCACUCCCAUUCCCCUGCUGCUAAUCCUGCUGCUGCUGGGGCUCCUGGUGCCGAUAGAAAAGGGCAGCACGGGCAGCAAGGUGAGCAUUCAAGAGGAGAGGCGGAAAGCAAGCAGGAGACGGAAGGAAGCAAGCAGCCGGUGCAGCAAUCGAGGCAAACGAAGCCGGCAGAGCCCGUGGGGGCAGUGAAGCAAGGCCAGCGAGGCCAGCAAGGGGGUGUGGGGCGAGGGGAGUCAGAAAAUGCAGAUGUGAAGAGAUCGAAGGAUAGUGGGGAUGGACCACUAGUACCCGCUGCUGCCACUGUUAGUGGUGCUGCUGCCGGUGCUGCUGGUGCUGUUGGUGGUGCUGGUGCUGGUGGUGCUGGUAAGCGAGAGGAUAAAGGGGCAAAAAAGGGGAAUGCAGAGAAGGUGGAAACGGAUGUGAGGGGGCAUGGGACGAAUGAGGGGGAUGCUGGGGUGGAUGGAAGCUGUUUUAGAGGGGAUGGCAGUGCGGGUGGUGCUGAUGCUGCGAGGGAGGGGAAGGAGGGAGUAGGAGAGGUGGCAGCAGAGGGAGGGGAUGGAGAUGAGAGAAAGGAGCGAGAAGCACGUGUGAAAGAGGAGGCUCGAACCAGCCAAGAGGAUGGGGAGCAGAGAGGGAAACGGGGUGCUGCUGAGCAAGCUGAUGAGCAAAACAAAGGGCAUAGUGACAAGGAACUGAAAGGAAGAGGGCAGAAGAGAGUGAAGGGGGAGGAUGCUUCUAUCGAGACGCGUGGGGAUGGGCUUGAUAGCGGGUACAAGGAGGAGGGGAAGGGGGAGAGUGGGAAGAAGGUGAAGGUUGAGCAAGGAUCUAGAGAGGACGCAGCUUUUGGUGCUGAGGAUAUCAAGCUGAUGACUAAGGGGAGGAGAGGAGAUGAGGAGAGGGGCGGAGGGGAGUUGGAAGGUAGAGACGAGGAAGCGGAAGGAGGAGGAGGGCGGGUAGAAGAGAAAGAGUCUGUUUUAGCUGAGGUUGGUGGAGGGAAAGAGGAUGAGCUUAAAGGGGGGAUGACUACGGAGGAAGGGAAGGAAGAGAAGGGGGUGAAUGUGAAACGUGAGCAUGAAGCAGCAGAGGGAGGGGCCUUUGGGUCGGAAUCGAUUCGGCUGAUGAAGAAAGGGCGGAAAGGACAUGCAAAGGCGAAUGAGGAGAAAGAGGAGAAAAAGGAGGACAAGGAAAAAGAGGGCAAAAUGGUGGAAGAGGUGAAAGAGGAGGAGGAGAUAGCAGAGGUGGAGUUUGCUGUGAGGCUCACGCCGAAAGCGGCUGGUGCAAUUAAGGGGAGGGGCGGGAGGGAGAGACGGACGGUGUGGAAGACUGAUAUCGACGACAGAGGAAGAGAAGUCACACGGCAGGUGGAAGUGGACGAGUUUGGGAACGAAGUGGUGGCAGCAGCUGUGGGCAAUGCAGGAGAGGGGGAAGGAAAACGGGAAGAGGACAUAGAUAGGGAUGGAGCGAUGGGGGAAGGCGAGCCUUGCAGCACACCAGAGGAGCGCGAUGCGCCGAAGCAGAGCACAAGACACUCAGCCAAGGCUUCUGCUGCAAGCACGAAAGGAGGGAAGGGGCAGGGGAAGGGAGCAGAGAAGGGAGGGGGGCAGGGGAAGGGAGCAGCUGCUGCUGCUGGGGCAGGGAAAGGGACAGCAAAGGGUGGUGGGAAGGCUGCUGGGAAAGGGGGUCCUAAGAAGGGGCAGGGAAGCAUCAUACUGGCGGGGGGCAUGCCGGGAAGCGACGUGCGCGGAUGGAUUCUCUCCCCCAUGCACAUGGCGGCGGCGCAUGGACUGGGGGGUGCCAAGUCAUGUGUUGACGUGCAUGUGGGCACGAUAGGCCCAGGGAAGGUGCGAGGCAACCACCGCCACCACACCAAGAGCGAGUCUUUCCUCAUCUGGGGGGCGAACGCUCGCAUCCGGAUUGAAAAUCCGUCAAUGCCGGCCGGAUAUGCCGAGGUCAUGCUGGAUGCUGCUGACGUGGCAGUCUUCACAGGUCCAGCUGGCAGGGCACACGCGCUGGAGAAUGUGGACAAGCAAGGUCGUACGCUCAUUUUGUCUGCAUGUGCGGAUACAGAGUGGGACCCCGCCCAUCCCGACACGGACUAUCACAUCUGGAAGGACAUGUGA